UUUUGUUUGCGGAAAGAGCGAGUGGCCUGUCUCUGCUGCUCCGGAGGCUCGACUGUCAAAACGCGAUAAAUCAGCUGGUUGUUUAAUGAGUCUCGCAGUCGAGCCUGGUUAAGAAUGUGUGGAAUAAGAAGAGAGACCACGCUGAACAAUGACGUGAUGUCCGCAGUGUGUGUGUGUGUGUGCGCGCGCGCGCGCUAUUUCUAAUGUCAUUACUUAAAAGCAGACAGACGGAGAGCGCAGAAGCAGCAGAGUUUGCAGCAUAUGAACUCCACAAGAGUCUCCACUGGAACACAAUGAUAUACAGUCAAGCACUGUUCGCACUUUUAACAACUUUGGGAAGCAAAUGAUCAUGUCAGAAUCUGUUCGGAAGAUGUUGAGGGCGAAGCUCGUGGUGCUGGGAAGAGAUAACUGUGGGAAGACAGCUCUGUGUGUCAGAUUCAUCACCAGACGUUUCAUUGGAGAGUAUGAACAUAAAAGGGAGGUCACCUACAGAUGUCAGAAAAUUGUGGACAAGGAGGGGAUUGAGCUGGAGAUUUUAGACACUGUUAAUAAGGAAUGUGUAGGUCCUGCGGCGUCCUCUCUGGAGAGUUCCAUUAAAUGGGGUGAUGGGUUUCUCAUUAUGUACUCUGUGACGGAUCGCAGCAGUUUUGAGGCUGUGUCGCGCCUGAAGAGACUGAUUGACCACGUUAAACAAACGCUUGGUAUUCCAGCAGUCAUCGUUGCCAACAAAUGUGACAUGGAGAACGGCCGUGUGGUGAGGACAGAUGAGGGACAGGCUUUAGCCUCAGACCUGAGGUGUAGUUUCUUUGAGCUGUCUGUGGCAGAGGACGCUUCAGCAGUGGAGGCCGCGUGCGGGCAGCUGGUGCGUGAAGUGCGUCAGGAGUUUCAGCGCCACCUGCUGGCUAUGGACAAGCGCUCACGGAUGCUGCAGAUGAGACAUGCACUCAAAAACAAGCUCACACGGAGUAAAACCAUGCAGUGGUGACCAGAAAGAGUAAACGCUGUUCAGACAUGACUACUGUAGUGCUGUAUCUUGGUGUAACAACCUUUCAGAAAACGUGAAAAGUGCCUUUUGGAUUUCCAAAUAGUGUCCUGGACAUUGUUAUGUGUGUAUGACAGACAGCAAAAAGCAUUGUUUUUAAAGGUGCACUGGCUCCCUUAAAACACUCUCUUUCGUUGUUUGGACAAACAGUUAGUCUCACCUCAAACUUUUGCAACUGAAUGAACCAGAAGCUGACAUGUUGGACCAACAAACAACAAAGUUGAGAUUCUACAGUAAGCCAACCUCUCUGUGCAUUAAACCGUUUAAGUAUUUCAGCAUUUAAAAUCGAUCCAUUUGACCACUUGAGAUCAGUACACAUCUUAUUUUGCAUCAAUCUCACUGUAAACGAUGUCAUUAAAGUGCAACAUUCAUUCUGUAUUUAAAAUGAAUUUUAUGUGAGAAGUCAUAAAUGCUUAUUUAUAGGCACCAAAUUUAUUCUGAUAGACUGUGCUUGUCUAGUAUGAUUAAGUCAUGCUUAAAAUGGCAGAUGAUUGGUCUUCUGACUGUUUAUUUUGAUGCUCUUUUGAUCCAAUUUCAUUCUCACAUGCCUCUAUGAGAUUGAAGGGAUGAGGGAACAGAACCAAUUACAUGCUGUUUUUAGACUUGCAACCUGGCUUUGUGCACAAUCCACUCUGUGGAGUAAAUUGUUUCCAAAAUGGGUUACAGGACAGUGUGUCAUAAUGCUAAACUUUGUAUUAUUAAUUGUGCAAGUAUUGGUUAAAUGUUCAUUAGUAUGAAAGUGUUAAUAUCCAUUUACUGCUUCAAUGUAAAAUAGAUCUAGAGAGGGGAAAAAAAUACUACUUAAUUUACAAUUUUAUUUAGCAAAAAUGGUAAAAAUAAAUAAAUACAAAUUGAUCAAA